GCGUGUGUCGAUCAGGGGAGCCGUUCCCACGUGCCGCUAUGUAUUACAAGUUCAGCAGCUUCACGCAGAGGCUGGUCGGGGCCAGCGCUUCUUCCGCCUAUAUUCCGCAGGGGUUCAAACCAGCGGUUUCCAUGGAAUCACCAACUCUGGUUUUUGGGACACCAACUAAACUUGCCUUUGAUGCCUCAUCACCUGUUGAGUUUUUCGGGAAAAACAAGGUUCCAGAACUGCAAAAGUUAUUUCAGAAACCUGAUGGUCUGCCAGUACAUCUGAAGGGGGGAGUUCCUGACAAGCUCCUUUACCGGACCACUAUGGCGCUAACAAUAGGAGGGGCCAUUUAUUGUCUGAUAGCACUCUACAUGGCUGCGCAACCACAAAGACAUAAGUGAAUGAUCCCAGUUGAAUGGGGAUAGAUAGAAACUCUGUGGAAAGAAGACUUACCUUUAACUCCCUACCGUUACAACAUGAUUGUUGCAAAUUCCUGGUAAUUCAGUUUGACUUUAGGAGAAGGGGUUAGGAGAUGGUUAUAUUCUUAUGC